AUGUUUCAAGAAUGGUUGCUUCAAACAUUGGACAAAGCACAACUGAAUUAUAAUCCAACAAAUCAUUUAGCAUUUAUUUUAGAAGUCAAUCAAUAUUUAACCAUGUCUACUACUACAAAUCAGAUGAAUAUGGAAAAACUGAAACAUAGAAUUGAUAAAGCAAAUUAUAUUUAUGAUAAUUAUCUACGUAUAUCAUGUGAACAGCCAAUAGAAUUACCAGCAAAAUUCAUUAAACGAUUAGAUCAAGAAAAAGAUCGUCCAACAACUGCUACUUUAAAAGGUCUCCGUGAUUAUCAUUUAAACAAUCUUUAUUCUUUGUUUAAUGAAUUUUUAAAUGCAACAGCUAAAAAGCUUGGUUUAUCAGUGAUCGAAUUGUGUCAAAUGCCUGAAAUCGACUUAGCUCCACUAGUUGAAACUCCAAAAACACUAAAUCAGAUUGCACAAAGAAAACAGAAAUUUUUCAUCAGAAUGAAACCAACCUUAGAAGAUAAAGAGGAAUUGAUGAAGCUGUUGAAACGUGCAGCAUUUCAACCACCGCUUGAUUUUAAAUUGAUACUUUUCUAUCAAUAUUUAGUAGAUUAUGGUUCAAAUGAAAAUUGUCCGAUGAUUGAUCAAGAUUUAAUAUUUCACAUUGAAGUUUUACGUUUUGAAGCAAGUUCAUUGUGA